GUUUCAAAAUAGAAGGCUGGCUGAUUCACAUCUGGAUUGUUGGCCUGAAGAUCGCGUAAAGAUUGUUUUUAUUUUCAUGCUCAGUCGUCUGAAGCAACGAGUGUGACUUCUCCCCAGCCGCUCCGAUCGAUGACGUCGGAUCAAUUCGAUUUAUCCUCCAUUUUCGCGAUUAAAAAUGCGUCCUUUUCCAAUGGAAUUGGUCAUUAUUCUGCAGGGGGGUCGGCGCGUGUUCGCACUUUAGGCUACUUACGCAACAGACAGCUCCCUCCGGAUAAACGAGGCAAGGACGAAAUUAAAGCAGGCAUUUUUUUUGCAUUACAUUUUUGUCUAAUCCCAGUGAUUUCUGGAGGGAUUAACGGACCAAUCAUGAUUGAGGCACGCCUGCCUGGACCGGGAGCUGAAUGGAACCGUCACAGCAUCAGGACCGAGAGCAAAACACAUUGAGAAACAUUCGUCGUGUGUGUGUGUGUUUUGUUUUUUUUUUUCUGACGCGGGGAAAGUUGCUGCAUCCAGUGGAGCGACGACCGAGCUGAAGAUGCGCACUGCCAUUAUUUGCACAUUCGGCGCAGGUUCUACAAAGAUAUGGACGCUCGACCGAGGAUCUGACUGGACGACCAGCUAAUGGAGGAAGAGAGGACUGAGGACCAUAACAAAGCAGAUUCCUCAAAACCAACUGGGCUUCCAAUCAAUUGGAGUCUCAUCUCUCAGCCUGUUUUGCCAACAACCUCCAUGGGUGCCGCGCUUCCUCCACCGCAGAGCUCCUCUGGGCACUCGCUGAAAAACAAGGUGAAGUCUUUCACCCAAAGACGGAUGAGAGCGAGGGAUAGAGAGAAGGACAGAGAACGCUUGGAAGUGGAAGUGUUGGUCAGCAGUCCGGGUGAGCAGGUUCUGUCGGGCCUAACCCCGCAAAGACAGAGACCUUUAGGGAAAAGUCUUCCUGGCUCAUCCUGGAGAACGCAUGCCGUGAAGAACCUCUACAGCAGCGACGAAGACGACGAGGUGGAGGUGGAAGUGAAGUUGGAGAUCCACAGUCCUCCGGCUGAGGCCAAAGUGGAGAAGGAGCUUCGAGAAGUACUUGAUGCUGAAGUGAAGGAGGAAGAAAUGAAAGAGGAGUCAACAGAGCCUGCUGAGGUUCGUGACAACACAAGCAGGGAGAGGCUUCAGUCUGAUACCUCAAGUAGUAGCAAGGAUGAGCAAUCUAAUCCUCCUGCAACACCUUUGUCUGCCUCCUCGUCUACGACUUCCUCUUCCUCCACGACAGCCGCGGCGUCCAACACAAUUGCCAGACACUGGGCCCCUCCUAAAGGCUUUUGGAGGGUCGCUCGCCCUGAGACCUUGCUUCUUAACGGGGUCAGCCUGCAAAGCAUGCCCAUGAAAGACCUCACCCAAAUAGGAGAACAGUCGGAGGUACAGAGGAAGACAAAAACAGCUGACACCACAGGGGCAGAUGGAGGGUUGGCGGAAGACGGCGAAGCAUCCUCUCGUAUCAAGCACUCGGACAGUCUGGAGGGCUACUUGGACAAGAGCAAAGAGUCCGAUAUGAUCAAACCGGCCAAAAGCGUGGAGAACACCAGCGAUGUGGACUCAGCUGAGGAGAAGCUGACCGUGAAGCAGAGGGCGUAUGCAAAGUUACGGGAGAGACAGCAGAUCUGCAGGGAGUUGAGAGAGCAGAGUGGCAGAAAAAAUGUGGAGAAUUACGGAGAGGAGCGAGAAGGAGGUGAAGGUCCCCAGGGCGUGUACCACAACCCAGACCCAGCCAUUCUUCUGGAGCUGGAACCUUAUUUGAGGACACUGCUUUUAACCACGGACGAGCUUCCACUGAGCCCGAGACAUGAACAAGCCAAGCGUCUUCUGGAGCGAGCACGACUAAAGGCUCGGUCAAACCACAUCAAAGACGAUCGAGUUACAAGACGCUCGCAUUCGGACCAGCGAUCCCCACUAACCAAACAACAAGUUGAGGCCUCGGAGGUAUCAACUGUGCAGAAAGUCCCUCAAGUCAAAGAUGACCUCACAGCUCAGACGACAGCGGGUCCACUCCUGGUCCCGGACCAGAGAGAAACGUCACCCAACGACCUUGCCAGUCGACCGAGACGAUAUGGAUGUUCUCCAACACGAGUACGCUUUGAGGACGAAUCAGAGAAGGAGGCGGAGUCUCGGUACUUGGAUCGCAUGAGACAGCGUGGCCGACCGGGCUUCCCCAAGUCAAAGCAAAAGGACAGUAACACCGAUUCCAGCAGCAGUGGCUCAGAGAAGAGUCGGACGAACAGGAGCAUCUCGGUGCCGGCGUCGCAGAAGCUGGACGAUGUGAGCUCUGUUGGUCAGGUCACAACUGUGAUUAAGGAGAUCAUAGUUGUGGUGAAGAAAUGUGAGGCGUGUGGCUCAGUGGUGAGGGAACCUCAAACCAUCUCAGUGGGGCCAGAUAUUCAGAAUAUUGACGCGCAACUGACCAGCAACCAUGAAGACCCACGUGGAAAACCAGUGCCUCGCUGGGUGCCUCCAAACAAAUCUGAAGUGAGCACUCGACCAAAAGCACCACUCACCGUCACUUUCGCUGGUGCGUAUGUGUUGGGAGAGAGCAAAGAGACGAGCACAGGGUGGAAGUCCUCAGGUUUUGGGAAACUCAGAAGGAGAAGCAGGAAAGGGGAGAGUCGCCUGGAGUCUGGACAUGGGCCCUACGGCCCAUCAUGGGCUCAGAGGCGCAACUCCAAUCCCAGGAACAGGGGCAGCAGCAGCAGAGCUGUUUCCUUUGCGCCUGACAGUCCCGUCACCUUGGAGCCACGAUUGCUGGGAGCAUCAUCCGGACAUAGGGAAUCCCCGACACCAGCUCUGCCCAUAAAGUCUGCUCUCAAGUCAAGUUCACGAAACCGCAGCGCUACAAUUCAGUCCACUGUGCAGUUCCAGAAAUCCGCAAGUCAAGGGGCUGAAAAUGCUCAGCAUGCGGGCCUUCUAGAUUCCCCCGAGGCUUUAUCCCAAGGAAGCCCUUCCACCAACAACCAGCUGGCCUGCAUUCGACCAUCCACCCUGCGCUACUCUCCAGCCAGGCUCACCACAGACGUGCCCACCACGGAAGUUUGGGAUGCAACCCCAGAUGGAGCAGUGGGUGGAGACCCUGUCUCUGGUUCUGACUGCCGUCCCGCCCUUCGUGGCAUCGCACUGUCCCGGACAGAUGACCUCAGAGCGGAGCUGCUGCGGGCGGAGCACUUGAAGGCUGAGGCCUUAUGGGAGGAAAACUGUGAUGGGUCCAGGAAGCUGGACGGGCGGUCCAAGCCGUUCCUGCGUCGCUUCUUCUCCUCAAUCGGUCUGAACAGCGUUGGCCGUCUUGUUAAAGGCGCUCGGUCCAGCAGCAUGGAGCAGCUCAGCCUGCCCGCUCCCCCAAGAGUCAGCUCAGCCUCCCCGAGCCCCACACGAAGACCCCAUCCCACCAUUCGAAUACAGAGAACGCCCUCCCUGCAGACGCUUAACACAGUGCUGCCACUGGCUCAACUCCGCAAAGCCUCCUCAGUGCAGAGUUUGGAGAGGAGAACGGAGAGAACCACGAUACUGGGUGAAGUGCAGAUACCGUACGGACUAGCACCAAGCCCUGACAGUCCUCAGUUAGAGCUCCACAGAGCCUUGAGUGUCGAGGAGAUACUCACCACCAGGAUGGUUCUGCCAGUGGGUCGGGUCACUCAGGUCUUUCCAGAUGGGACUCUGCUCCUGGAGCUCAUCCGACCACCGAAUGGUCCGUUUGGUUUUGUCAUUUCCAGGGGCAAAGGUCGACCUGACACAGGAGUGUAUGUGGAGAAGGUCGGUGACGGCAGCGGUGAGAGCCCAUACGUGGGUCUCCUAGGCAACGGCGAUGAAAUUCUUCAGGUGAACGGAGAAGCGGUUGCCGGACUGAGUCUUGAACAGGUGACCUGGCUCAUGACGCGGGAAAGCGUGGCGACUCUUCGGAUCAUGCCGGCGCGACGGAACCAGCGAUGAGAGAGCUGUUAAAAUGUAAUAAACAUAUCAAAACCUCGACAAUACUUAUUUAAAAGACACAUAUGCCUCUAAAAGCUAUUUUAAAAUGCCCGUCCUUUGCAGCACCAUGUCUAUAUAUUUCCAUAGAAGUGGUGAGCAAUCGGCAAAAUUAAUACAAAUCUUCUGAAUGAAAGUGUCAUAUCAAAGAGAUGGAAUUAUAUUUAUUCAUAUAUUUUAUUAUUCGUAUGAUAACUGUUCUUAUUCAGCUGUCUGUGUUGUCCUGUUCAUGUUACAAAGAUGUAUAAUGGAUGAAGUAUAAUAAAAACGGUAAAAACAAGCUCUUCAAAAUUGUUGGCUUCAAUAUGAAUUAUGAUUUCUUAUAUAUACAAUGAAGACAUUGUGGAAAAAAUAGCAGUAGCUAUUGCACUGCCGUAUUUCAAUGGACAUCGGGAACUUGCACAGUAGAGGGCAGUGUAAACAAGAAAUUCGGUUGUGCUACAAUGAAGCGAGAAAAUAUUAUAAAUUAUUGUUGGGUUUGUUGCCUUCACGAUG